AUAUGGGCAUAAUCGACGAUGAACAGACGAUGUUAAGGGAGGUCGGCUUGACCACUGCAGUGAAGUAGGAGUGAGCCGAGGACCCAAAUAAUGUCAUCUAGCGGCGGUUGGAAAACUGACUUGGUACGCUAUCUCCCGUCUCAUCCCACCCAAUGUUCGUUAGUUUAUUAAAACCACAAGUAAUACGCGCAGGUGAUGGGGUCUUGUCGUGAACACAGUCUGAAGCUAAAAAUGGAUGUUUCCAAAUGCAAAGCAAGUACAAAGUAGCGCGUCCCAAUACAUGGAAUGGAUGUGACAGAAUUCGCUAACUUUAAAGCUUCGCUCUGGUUGAAGUAUUAAUUGUGGAGACACACACGGUUUACACACAAAACAAGCACCACCACGCACUCUCCCCCGCUUGUUCGGGCGCACCACGCAUUCCCCUCACUUAUAUAUUCCACCGCUCCAGCCCGCUUUCAUUUCCAUCUUCAUCUCUCCUCACAAUCCUCAUCCAUUCUCUUAUUUGUCAUCUGUAUCUGCUUCGUCAUUAUGCAUACCGAAUUCUCCCUCAGGCACAAAUUGAAAUCUUCUUUCCUCUGCUUCUCCGGCGACCAUCGGCACGACGGUGAUUCCUGCUACAGUACGCUUCAUGCGCCCAAGUCCCCCCCGACGCCUUGCUCGCCCUCGUCUUCUUGCUCCUGGCGUAAGAAAUCCCCCGCCGGCGACUUCUCCGAUCACCACCGUGGGAGGAGUCGCUACCUAUUGUCCAGGAUUGGGUGGAAGCACCACCGGCGCGCCCAAUCUGCGGACUUCAGCUACGACCCGUCCAGUUACGCCCUCAAUUUCGAGGAUGAUAGCCGCAUAGAGGGAGAGGACUUCCCCUUCAGGGGGUUCGCCUCCAGGCUGAAGCAUUCGCCUCCGCAAGUGCUCGUGACCAUGCCCAGAGAGAUUGUUGGGUGUAGCUGAAAUGCGAUUAAUUAAAAAGCUAUUCAAGUAUCAAGUAUGGCAUCAAUUUAGCUGUUCAUUAUGUGUACAGAAUGUGUGGAUUCCAGUUUGUUGUAUGCAAAAUGGUUGCCGGCUUACACAAAGUCAGUGUGCAGUCUGGUAGACUUUUGUUUCUUGGGGAGUUUCGUUUUCAAGUCACCCCCAAAUAUAAUACUGUAACAUAACAAUCAACAGUCUAUUUCCUUGUUGUUCUGAUUCUAAUGUUUGUUUAUGUGCUCAAGAAACUUGGGCCCUUGAAAUCAACAUUUUUUAGUACCGAGUUUUGGCGUUGAAGGGUAAAAGCAAUUUCCCUCUCCCCCUGUUCUCCAA